CUCAUCUAUACACACGAGUACGUGAUGAAUUAGCCCCUCAACUGCGAAUGAUCAUGUACCAAGCCAGACUGUCAGACACUACGCACCCGGGCCUCUCCGCGACACGCGGCCCACAACCCAGACCAAGAUAAACAAUAAGCAGCAGCAUGAAACGGCAAAGAAAAAGAAAAACUGCGAGAACGACGCGACAGCCGCGAUCGGCGAGAGAAGGGCGAAUAGCAGAGGACAUCUCAGCCAGAACGAUCUCGACUGCCAACAUUCGUACAGCACUGCGGUGGUCCAUGGCGGAUGGGGUGGCUUGACGUCCGGGGUGGUGUGAUGAGUUUCUGAUUUUUUAUCGAGGAGCGAGAUGUCGUGUGGCGGGCUGACGUCGUCCCGUUCCGCACCUUCUGCCAGAGCCGCUCCUUUCUCCUGGCUGGCGUCCAUGAGACGUUGUUCAGGCAAUCUCACCAUGCCUAUAUCUUCCCUAGAGCGUGCAAGCAUCAAAGGCGUCGAUCCACCGUCGUCCUCCAAAUCCAGGCGAAUACCGUCUUCAGCAAGGAGAAGCGCCACCAUCGCCUCCCGCGUCGUACAGCCCUCUCUCCAUUUCUGUUCAUCACCGUCCUGUGGCGCGAUGGCGCAAUGAAGGGGCGUUUGACCCAGACCGUUCUUCAAGUUGAGCGCCACGCCGUCCCAGGCCACAAGUAAGGCGGCCACCUCCGGUUGCCCGGCGGAGCGUACUGCACGGUGCAGCGGCGAGUCUCCGUUAUCAUCUUGCAAGUAUGCGUCGAUGUCUUGUCUGGAGAGUAGCUGGCGUACGAGAGAUUGGCUUCCGUGAGUUUUCCCCGUGCUGAUUUUUCCAGUUCACGUCAACAUCACCCCUUGCAAGCAGUAACCUCAAUAUUGCCUC